AGGAGCUGCAUGAUUGAAGAUCAAGGCGCAAGGAAGGAGCGUCAAAGAAGUGGAGGAACUUAAACUGCUUUUACUGCAUGUGUUUUAGUGCAACUAUAUUUUCUUCUAAGUUCCUUGCAUUGUAAAACAGCGUCUCAACAUGAGCACAGUUUCACCAGCUUCUCUCGAAGAAAUAUGCCUGAGCUUUAUCAGUGCUAACAUUGAAGAUUUAUGCCACAAGGAUGUUGAAGAUGUCCAGUAUGGCGAGGUUUCUUUUCAAAAACUUAGUUUCAUUUCUCCGUUAUUUCUCCACGAACACCUGGCAGACAAUAUUAUGAGAUGUCUCUCACGUGAUGGAAACCUGACAGAUAGGACUGCAUCUUUAUUUGUUGAUCCGCGGAGAUGUAGAAUCAGACAUUUCUAUCUCAGGAAAUGUCAGCUGAGUUUUUCAAUGCUGAAACUGUUCCUUGGAAAACACAAAGUUGAGAAACUAGACUUAUCUGGAACAAAAACGUUCUCCUCGCCUUUAUUUUAUCAACUUUUGAAUGGAAUGUCAUCGACAGUAAGGGAGUUAAAUUUGAGUUGCACACCAUUUGCCUUGGACUUUGCUGCCAUGAAGCCACUGAACUGUUUGACUCAUUUGGAUGUGAGCCAUUGCACUGCUGUAGACGACCGCGUGAUGUCGGUUGCUGCACAGAAUAUGGAUUGUUUACAACACAUUAAUAUCUCGAACACUGCGAUAAGACAUGUCUCUUCAUUUGGGAAUCUAAGAGGUCGACUGAAAACAUUAAUCGCUUUUAACACACCAGUGGCAUGGACAAAACCUGCUGAGUUUAAGGACUUUACAUCAUUACAGAAGCUUGAUAUUUCAAGAAGUUCUGAUAAUGAUUUUCACCACGAUGGGACAAACGAGUCUGUGAAAUUUGAUGAAAUGCUUACAGACCAAUGUAUGAUGCCAAACCUGGUCUCUCUGGAUGUUUCAGGUGUUUCCACAAUAACAGCAGACGCUUUGCAGUCAUUUCUUAGUUCUCAUCCUAAACUUGAGUUCCUUGGCCUUUGUUUGAUGUCACGGAAUUUACAAGAACAACUGGAAAGAAUUUCUCCUCUUAUUAAGAUUACAGGUGAAGCUACUGAGAAACAGAUCCUUUGUUCAUUGCAAAUGUACCCAGACAGAGCUGAUUACAUGAGAGAAGCUUUGAGUGGACUGUUUCGCAUCAGUAAUGAUUGGACAGCAGGAAAACCACAAGUUCUCGAGCUUGUUCUUACUCCACUGGAAAAACAUCCAGGUGAUCUCAACGUUCAAAUAGCAACUACGUAAGUUAAUAUUCACAAAGAUUCUUGAAUAGUUAUGAUAAUCAUUCAAAAUGAAACAAUUU